AUGUCACUAGACAGAUUUCCUGGCUGGCUGAAUGUUGUGGCCUGUGGGCUCCUGCUUCUCCUCCUCCAUGUGCAGGGUCGGGACUCAUCAAAGAUCAACGUCAUCAGAAAUACACACACAGGUAAAGUCAGAGGCAGCCUUGUCCAUGUGAAGGACACCAAAGUUGGUGCCCACAACUUCUUGGGAAUUCCCUUUGCCAAGCCACCUGUAGGACCACUGCGCUUUGCACCUCCUGAACCCCCUGAAUCAUGGAGUGGUGUGAGAGAUGGGACCUCGCAACCAGCCAUGUGUCUACAAAAUGAUGAUAUAAUGAAUUUGGAGGGUCUGAAGAGGAUUAAGAUGAUCAUGCCUCCCAUCUCUAUGUCUGAGGACUGCCUGUAUCUCAACAUCUACACACCAGCUCAUGCCCAUGAAGGCUCUAACCUGCCUGUGAUGGUAUGGAUCCAUGGUGGUGCACUGAUUAUAGGCAUGGCUUCCUGGUAUGAUGGAUCCAUGCUGGCAGCCAUUGAGGAUGUGGUGGUGGUCAAUAUACAGUACCGUCUGGGUGUCCUGGGCUUUUUCAGCACUGGAGACCAGCAUGCCAGAGGCAACUGGGGCUUCUUAGACCAAGUGGCUGCCCUACGCUGGGUCCAGCAGAAUAUCGCCCACUUUGGAGGCAACCCUGACCAGGUCACCAUUUUUGGCGAGUCUGCAGGUGGCAUAAGUGUGUCUUUACAUGUUGUGUCCCCCAUGUCCCAAGGACUCUUUCAUGGAGCCAUCAUGCAGAGUGGGGUGGCCCUACUGCCUCACCUUAUCUCUAACACAUCUGAGAUGGUCUUCAUGAUGGUGGCAAAUCUAUCUAGAUGUGCAACUUGGAACUCACAGUCCCUGGUGCACUGCCUUCGAGGCAAGAGUGAAGCAGAGAUUCUGGCAAUUAACAAGGCCUUCAGGAUCAUUCCUGCUGUGGUGGAUGGGGAGUUCCUACCCAGGCAUCCACAGGAGCUGUUGGCCUCUGCUGAUUUUCAUUCUGUCCCCAGUAUCAUUGGUGUCAACAAUGAUGAGUAUGGCUGGAUUCUCCCACUGAUCUUCAGCUCUUCUCAGACAUUAAAGAAAAUAACCAGAAGGACCCUGAAGGCUAUUCUUAAGAGCACAACAGUGGAACUGUUGAUGCUGCCUCCAGAGUGUAGUGACCUGUUAAUGGAAGAAUACAUGGGGGACACUAAGGACCCACAGACCCUCCAAAUACAGUUCACAGAGAUGAUGGGAGACUUCAUGUUUGUGGUCCCUGCACUCCAAGUAGCACAUUUUCAGCGUUCCCAUGCUCCUGUCUACUUCUAUGAGUUUCAGCAUCGGCCCAACUUUCUCAAGGAUUUAAAGCCACACCAUGUAAAGGCUGAUCAUGGUGAUGAGGUUUUCCUUAUCUUUGGAUCCUUCUUCUGGGGUGUCAAAAUUAACCUCACUGUAAAAGAGAAGCUGCUGAGCAGGAGAAUGAUGAAGUAUUGGGCCAACUUUGCACGACAUGGGAACCCCAACAGUGAAGGUCUACCCUACUGGCCAGUAUCAGACCAAAAUGAAGAGUACCUUCAGCUGGACAUCCAGUCUUCUGUGGGUCAUGCCCUGAAGGCCAGAAGACAACAGUUCUGGACCAAGACUCUUCCCCAGAAGAUUCAGGAGCUAAAAGGGGCUCAUGGCAAAAACAAGAAUGUGUAA